GCUGUUGAGGGUAGAUUUAAGGUGGACUUCAGCAGUGGUGAAGGCAAAGCCUCCACGGGACGGAGUACAGUUCAGCCUCUAACAGCAUUCGUGAUUAACCCAUCUCCAGUAUUCACGCAGCUUGUAAAUAUAAUAUUGUUUCACUGAAAUAAUUUCCAACAUGCCUUCAGAAAAGACCUUCAAACAAAGAAGGACAUUUGAGCAGCGAGUAGAUGAUGUCAGACUGAUACGGGAGCAGCACCCCAACAAGAUCCCGGUCAUCAUUGAGAGGUAUAAGGGGGAGAAGCAGCUGCCUAUUCUGGACAAGACAAAGUUCCUGGUUCCGGAUCACGUCAACAUGAGUGAACUCAUCAAGAUCAUUAGGAGGCGCCUGCAGCUGAACUCCAACCAGGCCUUCUUCCUGCUGGUCAAUGGCCACAGCAUGGUGUCUGUGUGCACGGCCAUCUCCGAGGUGUACGAACGCGAGCGCGAUGACGACGGAUUCCUCUACAUGGUCUACGCCUCGCAGGAAACGUUCGGAACGUCACACGCACACUAGUCGUCUCCGGGCUGCCGUCAGAACAACAGUAUGACUGUCGCCGCCUCAUUCCCACGUACCCCCACCUCCCUCUCAAAAUGACACCUUUAUCUGAUUUCACCCCAACGGUGUGUCCCCCCCCCCUCCCCCCCCUCAUUCACGCCUUCAGCUCAUUGCCCCUGCUUAGCUGCCCCCCACCCCCUAAUGCUGCUCAUAGAUCCUCAUAUAGAGAGAGAAUUACUGACCCCAACAUCCCUCAUCCUGUUGGUAGGUGAGCUGACCAGGGUGUAAGCGGUAAAUUGACUGGAGCACAGGUGGCCGCCCACUGCUGCAUACUGUCAGGUGUGCAGAGGUAGAACAUGUGUGUUUUCUACUUGAAAUACGUGUUUGUGUGUUUGUGUUAGCUGGAUCACUGCAGCCUGGUGAAGCCUGCUGCUGAAGCUGAUGCUCUGACACUGACUGAUGGAAGCCGUGACCAAUCAGCCAUUAGUCUGACUAGAGACCUAUUAAUGUUGACCAAUCUGCUGUCAGUCUGAUUUCCCUCACCUCAGUGACUCCACUGUUUACUAGGCAAACAAACGGCCAUGUUUGGUUCCUGCAAAAAAAAAAACAAUCAACAAUCACCAUUCAUACUUUAAUGUCAAAUGGGGAGGGGGGUAGAUCAUUUUAGCCAUAGCUUUAUUUCAGUUUAAAGCAUAUUAGCUAAUAGCAUGCAUACAUUAUGUGUGUACACACACACACACACACACACACACACACACACACGCGCGCACGCUAUUGGUCCUUGAGGACUCCAGACAGCUCUUGGUGUCCUCUAUGUUGUUAAGUGAGGUGAAGGAAUUUGAGAUUCUGGGUUUUCCUGUUUCCUCCUCACUUUAUCAUCUACGUUCCUGCCUUGUACAGUUCCUUCCAGAGCGUUCCUCACUGAGGGCAGUCAUGAGGAAUACUCAGGUUUCUUAUGGAAAAGACUAAAGAAGCUACGCUCUUUUAUGCCUGCUCAGAUUGUAGUGAGAUGCUUUUUAAUGUAAAAUGCAGACAGCGUGAGAUUUAAAAAAAAAAAAAAACUUGAUUUAAAAAUAAUUGUUAUGUCAGAAAUGUGUGAGUGAAUGUGGGGAUGAAGCAUGGUUUCCAACGAUGGUGAUGAUGAUGAUAAUGGUGUAUAGACCUGGUGUCAUUCUGACUCUGACAUUCUGCACAGAAUCACAUUCGCCUCAGAUUUGGCUGCUAUAUCUGGCAUCAGAUGCAGCCUAGUCUCUCCCUAUUGUGAUGACCUCAGAGGAGGUUAAAGGUCAAGCCCCCUGCUUUAGGAUGCACGCUGACAGGAUGCCGUUCAGAAGGUCAUGUGGCUUUUUGUCCCUGUGUGCUGUCCCACUUUCUCUUUAUCUUAAGUAAUUGUAUAAAAAAGUUACAAGCAUUUUUAUCCUUAAUCAGUUAUCAGCUGUUCAUCUUUGUUGUUUUUAUUUAAAUGGUUGUUUAUGUUUUAUGUGUAAAGAUGAAUCCAUAUAGUAAAGUUCAGUCAGUAAUGAACAAAGCAGUCUGAGGGAAAGGCUUCAGCCUUUCAGCAAUAUUACACAACUUUUUUCUUGUAUUUUUGUUGAUAUUUUAAACAAUAAAAUAAUAUUAUACAUA